AGCUGCACUUGUGCGGAAAGAGAAAAGGAGCAGUGACAUUCCACCUCGUGUUUUCACCUUUCCUUUAGCUUAAACCGUAAAGAUGUCCACCCAGGAGAAGCUCAUCAGCCAUGUGAUGAAGGAGGAGCCUGUUGGCUGCAGGAACAAGGUGACCGUGGUGGGAGUCGGCAUGGUGGGCAUGGCGUCCGCCAUCAGCGUCCUGCUCAAGGAUCUGUGUGACGAGCUGGCCCUGGUCGACGUGAUGGAAGACAAGCUGAAGGGCGAGGCCAUGGACCUGCAGCACGGAGCCCUCUUCCUCAAGACGCACAAGAUUGUAGCCGACAAAGACUACAGCGUGACCGCCAACUCCAAGGUGGUGGUGGUGACCGCCGGCGCCCGCCAGCAGGAGGGCGAGAGCCGCCUUAACCUGGUGCAGCGCAACGUCAACAUCUUUAAGUUCAUCAUCCCCAACAUUGUGAAAUACAGCCCCAACUGCAUCCUGCUGGUGGUCUCCAACCCAGUCGACAUCCUGACCUACGUGGCGUGGAAGCUGAGUGGUUUCCCCCGUCACCGCGUCAUCGGCUCCGGCACCAACCUGGACAGCGCCCGUUUCCGCCACCUCAUGGGAGAGAAGUUCCACCUCCACCCUUCAAGCUGUCACGGCUGGAUCGUCGGAGAGCACGGAGACUCCAGCGUGGCUGUGUGGAGUGGUGUGAACAUCGCUGGAGUUUCUCUGCAAACACUCAACCCCAACAUGGGUGCAGAUGGCGACAGCGAGAACUGGAAGGAUCUCCACAAGAAGGUGGUUGAUGGGGCCUACGAGGUCAUCAAGCUGAAGGGCUACACUUCCUGGGCGAUUGGCAUGUCUGUAGCCGACUUGGUAGAGAGCAUCGUGAAGAACCUGCACAAAGUUCACCCAGUGUCCACACUUGUCCAGGGCAUGCACGGCGUGAAGGAUGAGGUUUUCCUGAGCAUCCCGUGCGUCCUGGGCAACAGCGGCCUGACGGACGUCAUUCACAUGACGCUGAAACCCGAGGAGGAGAAGCAGCUGGUGAAGAGCGCCGAGACCCUGUGGGGCGUGCAGAAGGAGCUGACCCUGUGAAGAGCUGUCCUUUAAGACCCUAAACUCUCCCGACAAAAUGGCAACAGACACUCUGCGGUGGACCCCCCCCCCUUCUACCUUACCUCUCAUGUCCUUCCUAGAGCAACGCCACUUCUGAAUAUCAUAAACGGCAAAGUGUUUGUAGUUAAAGCCACUCAAAGAUAGGUGUUACACUUUUACGCUCGCACAGUGAUAUCCUUUUGCUUUUCCAGCCCCCACCUGUCCUCGUCCUUCUGUGGCCAAGAAACGUUCCCCUCCCCCCUCCCCUCCCCGUCCCGUAUUUAAGGUCAUCCUGUUUUAAGUAGAGUGCAUACGUAUCUAUUUACUACUCUCUACUGAAAGAACUUCAGACCGAUGCAUAUUAGUUGGAUGUAAUCUGUGUGCUGGCCGUAAGUUAUUGUACUUUUAUUAUUUUCUUCUGCUGCUUUCUCUGUACCUUAUGGUCUGUGAACCGUGUUUGUUAUUUCUGUGGUUGUACCUCGUCAUUUUUCCCCCCCAUCUUGGUAAAUCUCUGUUUAUAAGAAGCAAAAACAGAGACAUUCCAUUCUCUGCGAGGAGUGAUCACUAUCAACUCAUAGCCAAGACAACACUGCCACAUAUUGUACGUCACGGGGGCAAAAAUCCUGUGACGCCAAAGUAUCUUUAUUAUUAUUUCAGCAGCUGAAGUCUUCAGAAGCAAGUCCUAUAGCCACAAGUGCACUGACACACAGAUCUUACAGGGGUUAGUGGUGGGAGCCAGGCGAGACUGGUCAGUCGGCGUAUUCACUUUACUUUAGGUCGGAAAAAAACUAUUUUUCUUUUUUUUUGCGUACAGAAAUGCCCAGAUGUUUUAUAUUUAACUCCAGAGAGAAAUUAUUUUGUCAUCUAUGGAUGUAAUGCAGAGAAAACAGUGUUGCUGCAUAUAUAGAUUUACCGUAUCACUUACAGAAAGAACUGUUCCCGUCAUGGCAGCUGGAUAUUUUUAUUUGCUGUAACAUCAAUUAAACCUGCCAGAAGAGCG